CGUCGUGAUAUUUUCGUGACUUCUUAUCACGUUAAAAUGCCAUGCAAUUUCUCAGCGCUUCUAGCGGAAGAUCCAUUUGCUUUUUUCCAUGAAUUUAGCCCAAUUUACCUCAACCUCGCUAAAUAAAUAGAUUUUGCGUUUUUAAAGGUUUGAAAAACCUGUAAAAAUGUGAAAACUGCAAGUGUAAGCCGUCAAUAAGUGCAACCCCAGCCACAUACAUAACCCAAGAGUCUCCUAAAUACGACAUCCAUUGGAUUGAACGCAACAGCAGAUGCACCUGCACCUGCUUCUACUUUUUACCUUAAAAUCUAAGUGAGACAACCCAUCAUGUCGACCUCAUCGUCGGUAGUGCAACAAUUUGUAAACGGGCUUAAGUCCCGCAAUCGCAAUGUCCAGAACAAGGCUACACAGGAUUUGUUCCUGUAUUGCAAGACCGAAUUGCGGGAGAUGUCCCAGGAGGAGUUGGCCCAGUUCUUUGAUGAAUUCGAUCACCAUAUAUUUAAUAUGGUCAAUGCAGCAGAUAUCAAUGAGAAAAAAGGCGGAGCAUUAGCCAUGAAGUGCCUCAUUAGCAGUGAUCACUGGACAACCAGGAAUGGCAUUUCACCAUAUUUAAAUCGUCUCAGAGACCUGCUCCUGAUCAAUGAUGUUUCAGUUAUGGAGAUUGCCGCCCGUUCACUAGUCAAACUGGCCAAUAUGCCGGGCUCCAAGGGUGUGGAUUCCUUUGAUUUUGAUAUUAAAAAAGCUUUCGAGAUGCUAAGUGGUGAUAGACAAGAGUAUCGCCGCCAUGCUGCCGUCUUUAUCCUGCGGGAGUUGGCCAUUGCUUUGCCAACAUAUUUCUAUCAACAAAUUCUUACGUUCUUUGAACAUAUAUUCAAUGCAAUUUUCGAUCCGAAGCCGGCAAUACGAAAAUCUGCUGCCGAGGCAUUGUGUGCCGCUCUUAUUGUCACUGCUCAGCGAGAGAAUACCAAACAGUCCAGUGAACCACAAUGGUAUCAAAUGUGCUACGAUGAGGCGAAUUAUCAUUUUCAAUAUGAUUCGGGAGGUGCCAAGGAGCAGAAAGGAAUGACUCGAGAUGACCGCAUCCAUGGCAGUCUAAUUGUGUUCAAUGAGCUCUUUCGUUGUGCCAAUUCUAGUUGGGAGCGUCGAUAUAACUCACUCAAAACGCUGUUCCCCAAACCGCAUAGCAACAAAUUCCUGGAAGCCGGCACCUCUUCAACGGUGAGCGCGCAGUUGACUACAAUUGUACCACGGAUAAAGGUACCCUUUAUCGAUAAGCUGGGGACUGGCACACAGAUGCAUCUGGAGCAUAGCGAGCAACAUAAUGGAAUGUCCAAUAAAUUUUCCAGUCAAAACGUCGUUGAAUCAGCCUAUGCCCAUGAGAUUCUAGCAGAGCACUAUGUGACCAUCUGUGACAAUGUGUUCGAGCAGUGUUUCUCGAAAUCGCCAUAUGUGCAACAAGGACUACUGCAGAUCCUUCCACGCUUGGCUGCCUUCAAUCGAGAGGUCUUUGUGCAGAAAUAUUUGCGAAGAUGUGUUUCCUACCUCAUGAAUACAUUGCCAGGAAAAGGGAAGGAUCGAACUGUUGCCCACAUAACCAUGGGAUACAUCGCUGUGGCGGUGGAGCGGGACAUUGAGGAACAUCUGAAGCCCAUUAUGGCCACCAUUAAAGUGGCCCUGCCAGCUAAAGAUUUGGCCAGCAAGCGUAAAUUGCCUGUUGAUCCGGCCGUGUUUGCAUGCAUCACUCUGCUAGCUCAUGCAGUGAAAUCAGAAAUAGCCGACGACGUUAAAGAUAUCCUGGAGCAAAUGUUUUACACUGGCCUUUCGCCGGCGUUGACAGUUUGCUUGCGUGAACUGGCCGAAAAUGUGCCUCAGCUGAAACCAAGGAUUACCGAGGGUCUAAUCGGAGUCCUCUAUCAGGUGCUGAUGAAUAAGCCGGCCGCCAUACCCUACGCCGUCAUGACUCCCAUAGCUAUUGAUGCUUCACUUAUGCUACAAACCACGGAUACUUCCACCAUAGUCCUGGCCCUCAAGACUCUAGGGACGUUUAAUUUCGAAGAGCAGAAUAUGUUGGAUUUCGUAAGAAGAUGCGCGGACUUUUUUAUAGUGCAUGAACAGCAGGAGAUACGCCUGGAGGCUGUACAGUCAUGUACACGCCUUCUGAAACUGGCUGUUCAGGCAGCCGAUUCCAUGGAGAACUCCAAGACUUUGAGCGACACUGUGUCGCAUGUGAUUGAACGUCUACUUAUGGUGGCCAUCACCGAUAUGGAUUGCAACGUUCGAAUACGGAUCCUGCGAUCGCUCGACGAGACUUUUGAUGCGAAACUAGCUCAGCCAGAGUCCUUGAAUUCGCUGUUUAUCACUCUGCAUGAUGAGAUCUUUGAGAUACGGGAACUGGCCAUGGUCACCAUUGGCCGUUUAUCCUCCAUGAACCCAGCCUAUGUGAUGCCGAAGCUGAGGACCACCAUGAUCGAGUUACUCACCGACUUGAAAUACUCCGGAAUGAGUCGAAACAAAGAACAAAGUGCUAGAAUGUUGGAUCAUUUGGUUAUCAGUACACCACGAUUGAUAUCUUCGUACAUGAAUCCCAUAUUGAAGGCUUUGGUGCCCAAACUACAUGAACCGGAGUCCAAUCAGGGUGUGAUCCUGAAUGUCCUGAGAACGAUAGGAGAUUUGGCUGAGGUAAAUGGAGGCUGCAAUGAGAUGGAACUGUGGGCUGAUGAGCUGCUGUCGAUUCUGCUCGAAAUGUUGGGUGAUGCUGGUAGUCCGGACAAACGUGGUGUGGCCCUUUGGACUUUGGGUCAACUGAUUAGUGCCACGGGUCGAGUAGUAACCCCAUAUCACAAAUAUCCUGUCCUCAUUGACAUUUUGAUUAAUUUUCUAAAAACCGAGCAAAGGAAAUCGAUACGCCGGGAAACGAUUCGAGUCUUGGGAUUGCUGGGAGCCAUGGAUCCGUACAAACACAAAAUGAACAAAGGCCUGAUAGACAGCCAAAAGGAUAAUGUAUUGAUAGCCUAUUCCGAUGGCAAAGUGGAUGAAAAUCAGGAUAUAUCAACAGCUGAGCUGCUGGUGAACAUGGGCAAUGCGUUGGAUGAAUACUAUCCAGCUGUGGCCAUUGCCGCACUGAUGCGUAUUCUGCGAGAUCCCACCCUAAGUGCCUACCACACCAGUGUGGUGCAGGCUGUAACCUUUAUAUUCCAAUCGUUGGGCAUCAAGUGUGUUCCGUACUUGGCGCAGGUUCUGCCGAAUCUUUUGGACAAUGUGCGAACGGCGGAUAACAAGCUUCGAGAGUUUCUAUUCCAACAAUUGGCUAUAUUGGUGGCCUUUGUCAAGCUUCAUAUUAUCAGCUAUAUGGGAGACAUUUUCAAGUUGAUCAAGGAAUUCUGGACAAUAAACACCCCACUGCAAUCCACACUAAUCAAUCUGAUAGAACAAAUCGCUGUGGCUUUGGGCUGCGAGUUCCGGGAUUAUCUAGCCCAAUUAAUACCCCAGAUAUUGAGGGUACUUCAUCACGAUAAUUCCAAGGAUCGGAUAGUAACCCGAAAACUGCUACAGGCCCUUCAGAAAUUCGGGAGCACGUUGGGCUAUUACUUGCCGCUGAUAAUUCCUCCGAUAGUGAAGCUAUUCGACUCACCGUAUGUGCCGAAGCAGGUGUCAAUGGUGGCCCUGGAGACGAUCAAUAAUCUGGCUUGUCAACUGGACUUUACGGAUUUCUCUUCCCGAAUCAUUCAUCCGUUGGUGAGGGUGUUAGAUACGGAGCCAGAACUCCGGGAGCAGGCCAUGAUUACACUACGCUCUUUGGUGAAACAGUUGGGCAAAAAAUAUUUGGUCUUUGUGCCCAUGGUGCAGCGCACCCUGACUAAACACCGUAUCGUGGAUGGCGAAUAUGAGAAACUGUUGACGCGUCUACAAUCCCAAAGCACUUUGGUGGAAGAAUUUGGACUGCGGCAAACCAAGAUUAAGAAGAACGAGCCAUUCAUGCCCGAUAGAGGCAAUAUCAGCAGCACCAAUUUGAAGGUCUGUCGGACAGACCAACUUCGAUCUGCUUGGCAGGUCACUCGCCGAGUAUCCAAAGAUGAUUGGAUUGAGUGGCUUAAACGUUUGUCUAUUGGCCUUCUGAAGGAGUCUCCGUCGCAUGCAUUGCGAGCCUGCUGUAACCUGGCCCAGGAUUAUGACACUUUGCUAAGGGAUUUGUUCAAUGCUGCCUUCAUUUCCUGCUGGACAGAAUUGUCAGCUGAGCAUAAAAAUGAGCUUACCCAAUCGUUGAUCCAAGCCCUGCAGGUCACCGAUAUGCCAGAGAUAACCCAGACCAUUUUGAAUCUGGCGGAGUUCAUGGAGCAUUGCGACCGCGAUCCCAUACCAAUUGAAACCAAGCUAUUAGGAACCCGCGCCAUGGCCUGCAGGGCCUAUGCCAAGGCUUUGCGAUACAAGGAAGAGGAGUUCCUUCUACGGGAAGAUCCUCAGGUUUUCGAGUCCUUGAUUUUGAUCAACAACAAACUGCAACAAAGGGAAGCUGCAGAAGGUCUCCUUACCACCUAUCGUAACGCCGCCAACGAGCUUAAUGUCCAGGGACGUUGGUACGAGAAGCUACACAACUGGGAUCAGGCGUUGGAACACUAUAAAUACAGCUUGGGCCAAGAUUCGUCCGACUUGGAGGCUCGCCUGGGCCACAUGCGUUGCCUUGAGGCCUUGGGAGAUUGGACAGAACUAAGCAAUGUGACGAAACUUGAAUGGGACACCUUCGGUUCAGAGGCCAGGGCGAGGGCCAGCCCGCUGGCUGCCGUAGCUGCUUGGGGUCUACAAGAUUGGGAGGCCAUGCAGGAGUAUGUCCGUUGUAUACCAGUGGACACGCAAGAUGGUAGCUAUUAUCGUGCCGUUCUAGCCGUGCAUCACGAUGAUUACGAAACCGCCCAGAGAUUAAUUGAUGAAACCAGAGAUUUGCUGGACACUGAACUGACCUCCAUGGCCGGCGAGUCCUACGAACGGGCCUACGGAGCAAUGGUAUGCGUCCAAAUGUUGGCGGAACUUGAGGAGGUCAUACAAUACAAACUGAUACCCGAGAGACGAGAACCCCUAAAGGCCAUGUGGUGGAAACGUUUGCAGGGGGGCCAAAGGCUGGUGGAAGAUUGGCGCCGGAUUAUCCAGGUGCAUUCUUUGGUUGUGAAGCCACACGAGGAUAUACACACCUGGCUGAAAUAUGCGUCACUGUGCCGCAAAUCCGGUUCACUGCAUUUAUCGCACAAGACUCUUGUGAUGCUACUCGGAACAGAUCCUAAACUGGCACCGAAGGAAUCUUUGCCCUGCCAUCAGCCACAAGUAACCUAUGCCUAUACCAAAUAUAUGGCUGCAUCGGAUCAAUUGCCUCAAGCUUAUGAGCAAUUGCGUCGGUUUGUCAACACUUACAAUGCGCAAUUGCCGCCGGAGGCUCUGAAUCAACAGGAUCAGCGGUUGAUGGCCAGGUGCUAUCUUCGCCUAGCCACCUGGCAGAAUAAGUUGCAGGAACCGGUGGUGAAGGAUGCCAUACAAAAGGCUCUGGAUUACUAUGAAAAGGCCACCACGUAUGACCCCAAUUGGUACAAAGCUUGGCAUUUGUGGGCCUACAUGAAUUUCAAGGUGGUUCAAGGGCAGAAGCAGAGCCUGGAUAAGCAGCAACAUCAACCACAACCUCUGCAAAGCUUGGGCCUGAACUUGGGAUUGGGUGGUGGCAUGGAUAGUGAGCAUUUUAUUAUCCAACAAUACGCAGUGCCAGCUGUGCAAGGAUUUUUCCGCUCCAUCAGUCUGAUCAAGGGCAAUUCUCUGCAGGAUACUUUACGGCUGCUCACUUUGUGGUUUGAUUAUGGUCAUCAUGCCGAGGUUUACGAGGCGUUGCUCUCUGGCAUGAAGCUGAUAGAGAUUAAUACGUGGCUCCAGGUCAUACCUCAGUUGAUUGCACGCAUUGAUACACACAGGAAGCUCGUGGGACAACUUAUCCAUCAGCUUCUGAUGGAUAUAGGAAAGAAUCAUCCUCAAGCUUUGGUCUAUCCGUUGACGGUGGCUUCCAAAUCGGCAUCAUUGGCCAGAAAGAAUGCUGCUUUCAAGAUUUUGGACUCCAUGAGAAAGCAUUCUCCCAUUUUGGUCGAGCAGGCGGUAAUGUGCAGCGAGGAACUUAUUAGAGUUGCCAUUCUAUGGCACGAGCAGUGGCAUGAGGGAUUAGAAGAAGCGUCGCGCCUGUAUUUCGGUGAUCACAAUGUGAAAGGUAUGUUCGAAAUCCUUGAGCCUUUGCAUGGCAUGUUGGAUCGUGGUCCACAAACUCUUAAGGAGACAUCCUUCUCGCAAGCCUAUGGACGUGAGCUAACCGAGGCCUAUGAGUGGACACAGCGAUACAAGACUUCAGCAGUGCUAAUGGAUCUAGAUCGCGCCUGGGACAUUUACUAUCAUGUAUUCCAAAAGAUAAGCAGACAACUGCCACAGCUCACAUCAUUGGAAUUGCCUUAUGUGUCGCCCAAAUUGAUGACCUGCAAGGAUUUGGAACUAGCUGUACCGGGCUCCUAUAAUCCGGGCCAAGAAUUGAUACGUAUAAGUUUCAUUAAGACCAAUCUUCAAGUGAUCACUUCCAAACAGAGGCCCAGGAAACUUUGCAUUAGAGGAUCCAACGGUAAGGAUUACAUGUACUUGUUAAAGGGACACGAGGAUCUGCGACAGGAUGAGCGUGUAAUGCAACUAUUCUCGUUGGUCAACACGUUAUUGCUGGACGAUCCGGAUACCUUCCGUCGUAAUUUGGCCAUCCAAAGAUACGCAGUAAUCCCGCUAAGUACAAAUUCCGGUUUAAUCGGCUGGGUGCCACACUGUGAUACGUUGCACACGCUGAUCCGUGAUUAUAGGGACAAAAAGAAAGUGCCACUAAAUCAAGAACAUCGAACUAUGCUCAAUUUCGCACCGGAUUAUGAUCAUCUCACACUCAUGCAGAAGGUUGAAGUGUUUGAGUAUGCUUUGGGUCAAACCCAGGGCGAUGAUUUGGCCAAAUUGCUAUGGCUAAAGAGUCCCUCGUCAGAGCUUUGGUUCGAGAGACGCAAUAAUUACACUCGUUCGCUGGCUGUCAUGUCCAUGGUGGGCUACAUCCUAGGACUGGGUGAUCGGCAUCCUUCCAAUUUGAUGUUGGAUCGUAUGAGUGGUAAAAUUUUGCAUAUAGAUUUCGGUGAUUGCUUUGAGGUAGCCAUGACACGUGAGAAAUUUCCUGAAAAGAUUCCCUUCCGUCUUACUCGUAUGCUGAUUAAGGCAAUGGAGGUUACUGGAAUUGAAGGUACUUAUCGAAGAACCUGUGAGAGUGUGAUGCUAGUGCUUAGACGAAAUAAGGACUCUUUAAUGGCUGUGCUUGAAGCAUUCGUAUAUGAUCCUUUGCUCAACUGGCGUCUCUUGGAUGUGGACAAGAAAGGUAAUGAUAACAAUGGACCAAACGGUGGAGCCCCAGGAGGUGUCAAUGGCGGAGGAGGAGCUGCUGGUGGUACUUCAUCUGGCCUGCAGUCAGGAAAUAGUGCUGGCAGUUUAAGCAACUCUCUAGAAGAAUCCUUGCCCAUUGCCAAAUCAAAAACAUACGAGGCUCAUCUUCAACAACAGGAUGAUGUGACCAAUAGCAAAGCCAGCCAGGUCAUUAAGCGGGUCAAGUGCAAGCUCACCGGCACGGAUUUCCAGUCCCAAGGAAGCGGCAAUGAACAGCAACAAGUGGAGAUGCUCAUCCAGCAGGCAACCAACAAUGAAAACCUCUGUCAAUGCUACAUAGGCUGGUGUCCUUUCUGGUAACGAGAUUAGCAACUAAUAUAAACUUAAUAAAAAUCUAAACAAAAACCUAAAACCCCAAUCGUUAGGGCGUGAAGAAACUAGUUCAUUAAGUCCAAGGAAUAAUAUAAAUAUUUGUAUAAUUUAUAUUAG